UUCUCUCAGUUUGUGUGCGCGAAGGCACUUGAAAAGAUGUCAGCGCUCAUCAGCAUACGCGUCAUGCGAUUGGAGGACUACAACGCGGUGGAGGCAUUUCUCGCUCAACAUUUCUUCAAAGAGGAACCCCUGAUGCUCACCCCGCAAGAGGACCAGGAUGCAGCAGCAGUCAUACCCGCCGAAUCGGAGCUGCAUUUGUCGCUCAUCCCGCAGGGCCUCUCCCUGGUGGCCAUCGAUGAGGCGCACGGCAAUCGCAUUGUUGGCGUCAUUUUGGCAGGCGCCCAAAAGCCCGCCGACGUGGAGCAGCACUUCGCGGAGGCACAGCAGCUGGAACCCACCUGCCUGCUGCAUCACAUACACAAAUUUCUCUCUGGCAUUGAGAAGAGCGCCAAUUACUUUGAGCACUACGGCGUGGAGACCGCCCUGUAUUUGUACAUUCUUGGCGUCGACUCCUCGGUGCGUCGCCAGGGUCUGGGCUCCCGCUUGGUCUCCGCUCUCAUCGAUUUGGGCCGACAACAGGGCUUCCCUGCCAUGGUCUCCACAUGCACCAAUCAAAACUCCACGCGCCUCAUGUCUGCCCUGCAAAUGGAGUGCAUACACUCGCAGAUCUACGCGGAUUACAAAGAUGAUCAGGGUAGAGUGGUGCUGCGACCGCCAGCACCGCACACAACGGGCAGUGUCAUGGGCAUACGGCUCUGACGAACGAGUGUAGAACGAGUAAACAGU